UGUAUGUAUGUAACGACCCUGGGUUUAUUACAAUAUGCACUGUACAGACAGAGACAGACACACACGGACGGACGGAUACACACACGGACGGACGGAUACACAUACUGGGCAGGCAAAUACUGACUGGCAAUAAAAUGAUCCAGUGGAAUGGACAAAGAAUGAAUUACUUAAACAGACAAACCUAUUUCCAGGCGAUAUAUUCUUUAUGAAACGCCUGUGUUCUUCAAUCACAAUACAUAUAUUCUUUCGUUCACUGACCGCAGCAACUAAGCGAGGUCAGCAACAUAAUCACUGCAGUUCUUCAAAACCACUUCCCUUAAAUGUAACUUGUGCUGAUCAAGACACCAUCUUCCCUAAAUGUCACUUGCGCUGAGCUAGAAAGAAAAAAAGAGCGACUUCCGUUGCGUCCACUCUUCUCUGGCAAAACUUAAACACUCCGCCUCAUGUGACCACGAUCAUGUGACCAAAGUGGGCGGGGUUUGAAGCGCUGUGUUCGCGCUGUUUCCGGGAGUAGAUCAAAUUGAUUAUCACACUGCAUUUUCUUUGAUCAAGAGAAAACAAAACAUUGAUUAUUGCGAAAGUAAUCAGUAAAUAGAGGAUAGGCUUACUUCAAUGUAGAAUAUGUCAAUAAUGUCAAACAAACACUUUGACUGGAGUGUUUGAGAUAAGCUUUAUAGAGCUGAUGCUAUAUUUUCUUAAAAAGUGGACUCUGCAAUUUACUGCAACUGAAAAGAUUGUGUUUAUGAUUUGGAACUUUAUGAGACGGAUAUGGCCGUUGGUCAUGAUGUGAUAGUUUUGUUGCUGGCGGUAAUAUGCUGUGUUGGAGAGAGCAAGAAGAGGAAUGUUCUUCUUAUUAUCGCGGACGACGCAGGCUUCGAGACGUCGGUCUAUAACAACACCGUGGUCCGUACGCCUCACCUAGCCGCUCUGGGUCGACGCAGCCUGGUGUUCCAGAAUGCCUUCACCUCCGUUAGUAGCUGUUCUCCCAGCCGAUCCACCAUACUGACAGGCCUGCCACAGCAUCAGAAUGGUAUGUACGGCCUGCACCAGGGAGUCCAUCACUUCAACUCGUUGGACGGAGUACGAAGCCUACCUUUACUGCUGGGCCAAGCUAACAUACGCACAGGGAUCAUUGGGAAGAAACACGUAGGCCCUGGCCCUGUCUAUCCCUUUGACUUCGCCUACACAGAGGAAAACAACUCUGUACUUCAGGUGGGUCGGAAUAUCACCCGGAUCAAACUACUGGUCAGGAAGUUCUUCCAGACCCAGAGAAAGGAAGAGGAAGAGAGACCGUUCUUCUUGUAUGUGGCGUUCCACGACACCCACCGCUGUGGCCAUUCCCAGCCGCAGUACGGAGCAUUCUGUGAGAAGUUUGGGAACGGCCAGAGUGGAAUGGGGAGGAUUCCAGAUUGGAAGCCAGAAUACUACACCCCAGACCAAGUCAAGGUGCCCCACUUCGUCCCAGACACCCCUGUAGCGAGAGCUGAUUUGGCUGCCCAGUACACUACAGUUAGCAGACUGGACCAGGGUAUUGGUCUGGUGCUGGCUGAGUUGAGGGAGGCUGGUUAUGAGAAUGACACCUUGGUGAUCUACAGCUCUGAUAACGGUAUCCCUUUCCCCAACGGACGCACCAACCUGUACGGAUCAGGCACCGCAGAACCCAUGUUGGUGUCAUCACCUGAACACAGGGAGAGAUGGGGAGGAACCAGCCAAGCCUACGUCAGCCUACUGGACAUCACCCCCACCUUACUGGACUGGUUCUCCAUCCCGUACCCCUCAUACUUCCUCCCGAGCACCCCCACCACCCCUGUCAGCCUCACAGGCCGCUCCCUCCUCCCUGCCCUCGUCUCCGAACCCUCACAUGCUGCCUGGCACACCGUCUACGCCAGCCAGUCCCUCCAUGAGGUGACCAUGUACUACCCUAUCCGCUCCAUCCACCAGGGGGCGUACCGCCUGCUCCACAACCUACACUACCGCAUGCCCUUCCCCAUAGACCAGGACUUCUACGUCUCUCCCACCUUCCAGGAUCUGCUGAACAACACCCUGACCGGACGGCCCACAGGCUGGUUCAAAACCCUGCAACAAUACUACUACAGGGACCGCUGGGAGCUUUUUGACUUGCGGUCGGACCCAGAGGAGGCUGUGAACCUGGCUGGGGACCCGGCUCUCGCCCCGGUCCUGAAGAGCCUCAGAGACACGCUGCUGAAGUGGCAGUGGACCACUGGGGAUCCGUGGGUCUGUGGACCAGACGCUGUGCUGGAGGACAAACUGGAACCACACUGUCGACCGCUCUACAACGGACUCUGACCGCAACUAGACCACAACUGGACUGUGAUUGAUUGUGGAUCCAAUCAUAUUUAUUUUAUAAAGCCCUUUUUACAUCAGCAGUAGUCACAGUGUGAUUCAUAGUUAGCCGGCCUGAACCUCCACAGAGGAAUCAAUGCAGAACACGAAUCACAGUGGCCAGGAACAUCUCCCUAGAAAGAAGGACUCAAGGAAGUAAGAUGGAGAGGAAUCCGGCUCCGACGAUGACCCAUCCUUUUCUGGCUGUACCAGGUAGAGGUUAAGAGUACAUGUAAUAUAUAAUAAUAAUAAUAUAUGCCAUUUAGCAGACGCUUUUAUCCAAAGCGACUUACAGUCAUGUGUGCAUACAUUCUA